AUGCCACCGAAACAAAACUCCCCGUCAAAAACUAAAACGGACAAAAAAAUAGGAAGUUUAACAUGCGGUAUCAGAGGUCCAGGGCCAAAGUAUUUGCUUAAAACACUUGUAGGUUAUAAAGAACAUUGUACCUCGAAAUAUCGAAAUCCAGCGUAUACAUUUGGCAAAAGGUUCGCUGAUGGGCAACCAUGUUUAGGACCAGGGCCAAAAUAUUUGCUACCAAAUUGUCUCAGACGCGGUGGUUUUUCACUUGGAUUGGCGGGAAAGACUUUUGAUACUUCUUGCACUCCUGGCCCAAAAUAUUUGUUACCAUCACCAAGAGCACCAGCUUUUACGAUCAAAUCCAGAACUAAACAUAGAAAUCUCUGUUUCACGCCAGGACCGUACAACGUAAAAUUACCUAUACCAGGACCAGCUUUUUAUAUGCAAUCGCGUUAUAAAGUUGUAAUUAGAAUUAGAAAUAAUCUUGGUGUAUUUUAUAGAGGACAACGAUUAGCUGGUUUAAAAUGUGCUGGCACACCAGGACCUCGUCUCUAUAAUGACGCACCAGUGAAAUUAAGACCGCCGAUGUAUAGCCUAGCUGAUCGACCCGAUGAAAAAAUACAUUGCCGCUCUCCUGGACCUAAGUAUGAUCCGAAACCUAUGAAACCACACCCUGUGUAUUCUUUCGGAAUCAAACACAGCGAGUGUGCGCCACCUUAUAUUGUUGAAUGUGACGAUCAAUGUUGA